AUGGGCUGCCAGUCGACGAAAGUCGUUCCAGCCGAGCCCGAGCUAAAGGCCGUGGCGCCAACUGCAGAGACGCCCCAAAGCCAGUCAGCGCAGGACUCCUCACCCGAGAGAACAGAACUAACAGAAGGAGCCCAGGAGGCGGCGAAAGCGACCGCACCAGCUUGGGCCUUGGACUUGGGCCUCGACGGGCAUUGCGACCAGGUUCGCGACUACUUCCGCAAGCGCUCGCAAGAGACUCCUCCGUGGCUGGAGGAGGAUGCUGCCAUCUGGCAGCAGUUGGAGCACGGCCGCGCCUAUGACGAAGAGCGUCGGCAGGCUGUGGACAGCUAUGCACACAGCGUGACCUUGGAGAAGGAUGGGAAGCCCACAGCCGUUCUCCGAGCCGCCCCAGGGGAGGACGUCGAGCUUCAUGCCAAGGGAUGGAUCCAGAACAAGGAGGGUGACACGAGCCUGCAUCAGUUGCUGCUCGUACUGGACACGACGAUCAUCGCGGAGGUCUACGACUCCAUUCCCGGAGGCGGCGACACCUUCGACACGGCUUUCUCCUUCAAGGCUCCUGAGGAGCCGGGAGUUUACAUGAUCUGGAGGUUCAACGAGCUCCAGCAGAGCAUGGAAGAAGCAAAAGCGAGCUUGACGGCCAAGGGCAGCGUUGUCGAUGCAAGCCAGUACCCGGCCUUCUUUACAGGAACACUCGUGGUGGCCAGCUCCGGCAGCGCGGACGUGCCCGAAAAUGAGGCAGACGCUGCUGCGGAUGCUGGCAAGGAAGCUACGAACACUGACAAGGAAGAAGCUGCGAAUGCUAGCAAGGCAACUGUUCCAGCUUGGGCUGCAGAGUUAGGAAUUGAUGGAGAUCAUUGUGGCUAUGUUCGCGACUACUUCCGCAAGCGCUCGCAAGAGACUCCUCCGUGGCUGGAGGAGGAUGCUGCCAUCUGGCAGCAGUUGGAGCACGGCCGCGCCUAUGACGAAGAGCGUCGGCAGGCUGUGGACAGCUAUGCACACAGCGUGACCUUGGAGAAGGAUGGGAAGCCCACAGCCGUUCUCCGAGCCGCCCCAGGGGAGGACGUCGAGCUUCAUGCCAAGGGAUGGAUCCAGAACAAGGAGGGUGACACGAGCCUGCAUCAGUUGCUGCUCGUACUGGACACGACGAUCAUCGCGGAGGUCUACGACUCCAUUCCCGGAGGCGGCGACACCUUCGACACGGCUUUCUCCUUCAAGGCUCCUGAGGAGCCGGGAGUUUACAUGAUCUGGAGGUUCAACGAGCUCCAGCAGAGCAUGGAGGAAGCGAAGGCCAUUUUUGAGCAAGGCCAGUCCAUCGAUGCUAAGAAAGCGAAGACUCUGCUCCGACUGAGAAGAGGGCGCCCAGCUGGCUUUUGA